AUGGCGACUCCUCAGACGCCAAAGACUCCAACACGCUCUUUGUCCCCCAUCACGGAGUUAACCACCCCCAACUCUUACCGCACCCUCAUCUUCCCCUCCAUCGAUGGCGAUGACGAUGCCCGCAGCUUCCAAUCCAAGGAUUCUGGCGACACUGUCAAGCUCUCCCAGUCGGAGCAUCUCCAACCCCUGGGCAAAUCUAUCCAGUCGUUCGCAACGAAGGCACCUCUUCCUCAGAAGCCUUCCCCUACCGCUGCUCUGAGCCCUAUCACGACCUCACAGAGUCCCGCCAAGAGGGAACGUCGUCGUUCUGGGAUUCCCAUCAAGGUUGGCUCCCCUCAGCAGCCUGCCAGCUCGACUGUCCCUUUCCCUACCCGGACUCCCCCAGGUCCUCCUGGCCCCGGCGGUCUCCUGCCCCCACCUCGGUCAGUGAGCAAUGGUAAGCCAGUGGCAACCAGGAUUCCCAUCUCCCCGUCCAGCCCAUCCAGCCCCUCUAGCCCGUCUUCUCCUUACGGAUCCGUGAGCGACGAGGCCCGGCGCCGAUACAUCGAGAGAUACUAUCCCAACAGCAAAGAAGCCAUCGCUCGGCGUGAACAGAACGCCAAGAUCAAGGCCGCCGAAGAAGCUGCUGCUCUCGAGAAGGAAAAGGCCGCCCAGGAGAAGAAGGCAAAGGACGAGCAGAUUGGGAAAGAAUUGAAGGAAAGGAGAAGGUCGAUCAAGUUUGAUGAUGACACCAAGAUCGAGGUGAAGCCUGAGCCCAAGCCCAAGCCCGAGCCCGAGUCUGAGCCUGCAGCGGGGCAGGAUGUCGUGACGGAGCCUGUCUCUGACGAGGCUGCCAAGAACAUGGCCGGUGUGGGCGCGAGCGACUUCUCUGUCAGGCAACGUAGAUUGAGCCGACCCAACAGCAUGUACGCCACCCCGCCUACUUCCAGAGCGCCGUCUCCCCUCAAGGGUUCUUACAGUGACGUCAGCCUUGCAGACCUCCACCGCCGACCGGCUUUCGAGUCGUCUGUCAACCGCCGGCCUUCUUUCACCGCUGUCGAGAAUGGACACCCGACUCUCCACAACAUCCCCGUCUUUCAGGAAGACGUCUAUCUCGAGAUGGGCGCGCGACGGAGAGGCUGGUCUCCAAAAGCAUCCCAGCAGUCUUUGCCGCUUUCGACAGCCCGACCUCGACCUCCUACCGCUGGUCCGGUGAAGAAGCGGCCCCAUAGCUUCGGGAUCUUCCGCCCCUCUACCAGCAUGCAGAGGUCGCGAAGCUACAGUGGUACUCCCAGUGAGCCUGUGACGCCUGCUAUCGAGACUCCCCCAGCGACUGCUGCGGCUACUCCCAUAGCGUCACCAGUGAACAAGCACCAGAGACAAAAGUCUUUCUCUACGGAUAAUAUACCUGCCCCACCGAGUCCCCUCAGAGCCCAUCAAGAGCCGGCUCCUGCCGCCCCCACCGCCUCUGUUCCAGCUCCAGCUCCUGGUACUGUUAGCACUACUGCCAGCACGCGCUCCUCGGUAGACAAGGGAGACAAGAACCCUGCCGGCCUCACCCGUGCCUCGAGCAUCUUGUCUUCCAUAUUCGGCAGCAAGCCCUCUGCAACUUCCCUCGAGCCCAAGGCUUCUCGCAAGGAACCUCCUCGCAAGAGGCUGUCCAAGAAGGUCCCCAAGCGAGGCGAUUCUGGUGCUUCACCCACACAAUCCCCCAAUCCCCGUUCUCCCCUUCCCCUUUUGGGCGAUCUCACCCCCGAGGACAGGAGUGGAGCGACCACUCCUCUAGCCAGCCGCACGUCGGGCAUCUUUGGGAUCAGGGACGAUGGCUCAGACGUCUUUCGAUUGCCGCAAGAUGCAGACAACAAGACUCCCUCUCCUGCGUUUGAUCCUAGGUCGAUCAGGAGCCUGCAAGAGCGUGCUGGAUCGCCUCAUACUCAGUCUGACAGGGUGAAGAGGGUGCUGUACGUGGAGAACCAUGUGCCGUCUCCGAAUGAUCCACAAGAAGGGACGCAGGACGAGCAGCUGCCUCUGCCAGAGAUCACCACGAGCACGACAGUCGAGGAAGAGUUCCAUACGCCCAUCAGCCCCGGGUCGCCUCUGUGGACACGUGAGCCCGAGUCCUUCGGCAACACACUGGUUGAUCUGCCCCAGGAGGCGGUGGCGCAGUCUCCCCAGCAGACGGUGCACCAGUCUCUCGACACCCCUUCCUUCCCGCCUGCGGUGACCAUGAUCGACGGUCAACCCAUCCCUCAAUCUGGGUCGUCAGGUCACUCGUCCAGUGACCACGGGCAUGGUCAAGCUGGGUCGUUCUCUCCUCAGAGGGCGCUGAGCACCCCGAGCCCCGAUUCACAGAAGUACUCGGAGUCAUACACGACUCCAGUGAUGGUGGAUGAAGCUACACAGACUUCUGUUCAGCCUUCGCCCGUCUCGCCUCCCCGGCCAUCGCGUCCUCUGCCGAGACCUCCUUCCCGCCAGACUUCCAUCUCGCCUCCCUCUUAUCUAUCACCUCCUCGCCCAACAUUCAUUCCUCCUCCUCCCCCAUCCUCUUCUCCCACUGCUGAUCUGCCUCUCCUCAUCGCUAGCCACUUGCUAUCGACACAUGCUGCGACGCUGCUCAGGCAUUCUGGAGAGAUUAUUGGCACGGGCGAUGUGAUGAGAAAGAUGGCGCGAGAGAGUUUGGAGUGGGGUGGUAUAUUGAUGGGGAUGGCAGAGAAGGCGACCAGGCACCAGCAAGAGGCGCAAAGAUCGGAAGGGAUGCCGAGGCCAAGGAGCAGGACUCCGUUGGCGUUUGAUACCCUCAUCAGAUCUGGCUCCCAUUCGUCUCAAGGACACGCCAGUCUUACACGAUCCCAAUCUCACAGCGUUGACCCCGCGCGCUCUUCAUAUGCCAGCCUGACCUCUAUCCCGUCGCCCACCCCUGCCGUGCGCCGCGUCAGCUUCAAAGACAAAGAAGGCCGGAGCAGAACCGAGUCCACCCCCAGGGAAUCCUUGGAUGAGGCGCAAAAGCUCGGUCAACAAGGCUUGGUGAAUGUUCACGCUGCUGAAGAGGCUUGGACGAUCGCGAUGAAGCAUCUUGCCCACGCUGUUGAAGACAGCAUGAGUGGUGCAGGCGUCCAGGAGGAGAGGAAGGAAGCGUCCGAGCAGACUGCUGGUACCAACGAAUGGAGCGAGAAUGCUACAGCUGCGAGUGGUGCGCCCGAGCUCCAGAACCCCACACGCUCUUCUGUCCUGUCGUACCCCCUCGGCUCAGAUGGCGGCGUAUCCCAGCCUGCUUCGCCUUACAGCCAACCUGGCGCUUCCUACCCAGGCAUCGACCAGCAGACCUCCUUCCUCAACAUGGCCUCAUCUCCAGAGUCUGACAUAUUCACCCAGGCUGAACGAGAUGCCUCGGUGAAGCGACGGAGGAUGACCAUCCAGGGCACGUCGUACAGCUCAAACUCGCAUGCUUAUGCCAACCCCGCCAACCGACCAGUGGGGUCUUCCCAAAGGUGUGUCUCUGCUGCUGCAGCACCAUCUGCCGGGCCCGGGUAUACCGACGAACAGCUCCAGCUCGACUCCACUCUUCCGGGUCCUCCCAGCUCACUCCGUCGAGCCAACACCCUCGCGGUGCACUCUCCUGGAGCUCGUCGGGUGAUGCAGGUUAGUGAUGAGACGCAAAAGGCGUUUGCGAGUGCAGGCAGUCAGGGGACCAAUAGUACUUUGACCAAGGGAUCGGGACGAAAGCUGGUGAAGAAGGAGAAGGAGAAUAGGGUACAGAGCGAGGAGCCUGGGUUGACGGACAGGAACUCUAUGAUCGGGAAGAAGAAGCAUUGGUGGUCUAGGAGGGGAAGCAUUGUGGUGCGAUGA